AUGAGUUUAACAAACAUCAUUAAACGUGAAAAAAGGAAAAGACAGGAGGGAAUAAGUCAUGUUAUUAAGAAAAAAUUAAAAAAUUGUAAUAUGUCUAUAUCUUUCGAAAGUAAUCAACAAAAUGAAUAUUGCUCCUCUUCGUUAAUUACGAAGAAUGUGCCUACUAAUAAUAAUAUAGAUAAUUAUAUAUUUGAGGAUAUUUAUGAAAAUAAUAAAGAAAAAAUAAAUUCACAAAUUAAGAAAAAAGAAAUAAACGAUACCUUUAUAUAUGAAAAUAAUAUAUUUUACGAAAACAACUUGAAUAUUAUAAGUCAAAAUGAAUCAAGAUAUUUGAAUACAUAUGAAAAAGAAAACAGAAAUAAAAAUAUUAAAAAAAAAAAUUGCCUAAAGAAUGAAAAGAGUAUAAGUAAGUUAAAAAGUAGUAAAAAAAAAGUUAAUGAAAAAAAUGGGGAAAAAAAUGUAAAAAAAAAAAAAAAUAAUAAUAAUAAUAAUAAUAAUAAUCAUAUAUGGGAAGGAUUAUUAAAAAAAGAUGUAAUAUUGUUACUAUUACAAACUAUUAAAAACAUGGGUUAUAAGAAAUCUGCAAAAUAUUUAGAAUUAGAAAGUGGAAUAGAAUUAGAACAACCUCUAGUUAAAGAAUUGCAUAAAAACGUUUUAUUAGGAAAAUGGAAGAAUGCUAUAUUUAAUUUAAAAAAAUUAAAUAUAAGCAAAAAAUUAAUGAAAGCAAUAGGAUUUUUAAUAUAUGAACAAUGUUUUAUAGAAUAUCUAUAUAAUGGAAAAUAUUUUGCUGCAUUAAGAUGUUUAAGAGGUAAAAUGGUAAAAUGCUGCUUUGAUGAAGAUACUUAUAAUAGGUUACAUGAUUGUACUACUUUUUUUAUGUAUUUAAAUGAUAAAGAAUUAGAAAAAAGGUGUAAAACUAAUUUUAAAAAUUCUCGUAAAAUUUUAUUCGAAAAAAUAAAUAGAUUACUACCAGAACAUAUUAUUUUACCUCCAAGAAGACUAGCUAUUUUAUUACAUCAGUCUCUUAAGUAUCAAGUAGAUAAUUGUUUGUUUCACAAUAAUUUUUCAGAAUUGAAAUUAGUUAAAAAUUUAUUAAAAAUAAAAAAUAAAAAAAAAUAUGAUAAAUUAUAUAAUUGCAAUGAGUGUAAAACUAAUAAAAUGAAGUGUAACAGUAAAAAUAGAAAAGAAAAGAAAUUAGUAUCAAAAACAUUAUCUCUUUGUAAGAAAAAACCAUCAAAUUUAGGAAAAAAUCCAAGUAAAGAUAAUUACACAAAAUAUAACAGUACAAACGAUGUAAAUGAUGUACAAAUUUAUGAUACUCUUAAAGACAGAAACAUUCUAAAUGAUGAAAAUAAUCAUGAUAGAAAAAAUGAGUCUUCCUUAUCUUCAAAUGAAUUAAAAAGAACAAAAAUAGAAGAAGCUGAUAAGAACUUGAUAUAUGUUAAUUCAACCUUAAGGAAUAAUGAAAGUAUUCAAGGUAAUGAAUUCAACACAACAAUAAAUGAAUCAUUAAAAAAAUCAACUAAAAGAAAAAAUACAUUGCUUCCAUACAUUAAUGAACAAAAUAACUUGCAUGUUUCAAAAGUAAAUAAUCAUGAGAUGACAGAUGUGUUAAAUAAUUCAACAAGUUAUCACAAUGAGAGAAAAAAAAGAAAUUUGAAAUAUAACAUGAAUGAACAAAUUUUUUUUACAAAAGAAACACCAAAUAAUGAAAAUAAUAAUACACAAGAAAAUAGCAUAGAAAAUCACAAUGAUAGUAUUCUUAGAACUUAUCAAUUUAAUUAUAAUAACAAUUCAGAAAAAAAUGAUGAAAGUAAUAAAAAUAUAGAAUAUACAAAAAAAACAAGUAUCCAAGAAAAUAGUAAGACAAUAACUUAUACUGAAGGAUAUAAUAAAAUAGAUGAAAAAGAAUCUUGUAAUUUGUUGGAUAAACAAAAAACAGAAACAGUUGUAGUUACAGAAAAAGAAAAAAAAAAAAAAAAGAAAAAGAAGAAAAAUAAAAAUGAUAGUAUUGUAUCUUAUGAUAAUCAUAACAUGCUUUCCUUUUCGUUAUUAAAAAAUCAUGAAUGUAAAAAAAUAAAAUUACCAUAUUAUUGCAUAAAAAUAUUACAAGGUCAUAAAGAUGAAGUGUGGUAUGUUAGUGUAUCAGCCAAUGGGAAAUAUAUAGCUUCUUCAAGUAAAGAUAAAAGUAUUUUUUUAUGGAAAGGUACAUAUCCAUUUAACAAAGUAAGAGAAUGGAAUGAUCAUAUUGAUGGAGUAAGUUAUAUUAUAUGGAGUCAUAAUAGUAAGUAUUUAGUUUCAGGAUCUAAUGAUUCCAAUAUUAUUAUAUGGAGUCCAAAAAGUAGUAAAAAAAAAUUAAGUUUAAAUAUGCAUAGUGGUCCUAUUACUUCAAUUUGUUGGUCAAAAGAUGACUCAGUAAUAAUUUCUUCUGCUUUUGAUAAGAAAAUAUUUUGUACAAAAUUAAGCGAAGAUUUAAAAAGUUUUUCUAUUUUAUAUGUAUGGUCUUUUAGUACAAGAAUUCAGAAUUUUGUUUUUACAAGUAAUGAUAAAUAUUUAAUUGUUGUUGCAUCUGAUAAAAAUGUUAGAGUUAUUGAUUAUAAUUUGAAAAAAGAAUUAUACACUUUACCUGAAUUUGACACCAUUACAUCUGUUUGUGCAUCAAAUUUUUACAAUCAUAUAUUAGUUAAUAUUGCUGAUCAAAGACCAACUGUCAAAUUGUGGGAUGUUAAAUAUAGAUACAUUAUACAAACUUACAGAGGGCAUAAACAAGGUAGAUUUAUUGUUCAUUCAUCAUUUGGUGGAAAAAAUGAAAAUUAUGUUAUUAGUGGUAGUGAGGAUAGCUUAAUAUAUAUAUGGCAUAAAGCUAAAGGUUAUUUAUUAGAUGUUAUAAAUGGACAUGCAUCAACAGUUAGUAUAGCUAUAUGGCCAAUAUCUUAUUCAAAGUUUCCAUAUAUGAUUUCUGCCUCUGAUGAUCAUACUUUAAUGAUAUGGAAUAUUUAUCCUGGAAUUAAUAAAAUAAAAGAUGACAAAAAAAAAAAAAAAAAAAAAUUUAUUCACCCAUUUCUGAAGGAAUUACGUAAAUGCUAUUCCUUGAAAAAUAAAGAAUGA